AUCUCUCACGGCGACUCUGGCUCUCACCUCUCAAAUCUCUCUCCCAUCAUUUUCUAGGGUUAGGGUUUCCAAGGCAAAAUGGCGCAGAAGUUGUACAACCAGAUCAAGGGGUUGAAGGUGAAGGAGCUUCCCAGCUACUUGAAGCCGAUGAUGAGCGCCGAUUACGUGAAGAAGGCAGUCGGGAAAGGCCUGGACAACUACCACGCCAAGUACAUCCAGACCAGCUCCGUCGAUCCUCUCCUCCACGUCUGCUUCGGCGGCAUGGUCUUCUCUUACCUCGUCGCUCUCCCCGAGGAGCGCCGCCACCUCGAGCACGCCCAGCACGCCAAGGAACACGCCGGCCACUAAUCCCCGUACAUUUCGGUUAAUGAGGCGGUUUGGGUGCUGUUCAUCGUAUCAUUGUGAUACAAUAAAUUCACUUGGACAUUGGGUAUCAUACCAUUUACUUGUGUAAUUUGACUAUUAAAGGGGCGGUUACCAGGAAUAAGCAACCUUUGUCAUUUAAUUUGUUCUGUUACUGGUUUUGCUAUUGUCAUUCGACUGUUGUGCUGCCUCCUAAAUGUGUGGGAGAAUUUAAUCCUAUGCAGUAUUUCACUGGGUGUUGAUGCUGCCCCUUUCAUUUGCUAACUUGAGUCAUGAGUGAGAUCCAGUUUUAAAUCAGGCAUUCCUUUUAAAUCUAGAAUUCUGGAAACCUGUAUGGAUAUGGCAAUGUAUUCAUGG